AUGCUCGACCCACAGGCGGCUGACCUCGUCGACGCCGUUGCGCGACUGUGCGUGCUGCGAACGGAGGACUACGUGCUCCUUCAGACCGUAUACAGUCGUGUACGGGAACACGAGUAUUGUCCGCAACAGCAAGAAGCAACACCACAUGUACUGCAUUCUGCCCCCGAACCCGCAGUUAAUACCUCCGGAGCGAAGGAGAACAAGAGCGCCACCAGCAAAGCCGACGACAAGACGUACAUACGCUACCUCACUGAUGAGGUGCGCGUGCGUGAGGAGCGCCGAAUGACCGAGGAGGGUGAGUGGCUAGAGGCAGUGCGGCAGUGGGCGGCUCUCUUCCAGUCGAGGUCGGUUGCGGCUAAUCCGGACAAAGCACUCAGGACAGCGCCGGACGAGUCGAUCUCUCUGGCAGUACCUGCCAUCUGGUCGUUUUGGGAGCAGGAGAGCGAGAGCGCCUUCCAGUGCGUAUACGCAGCGGUACUUCAGCAAGCCUACGAGCUUGACCCCACGGACUUGGUGAAUACUCCCUUCGCACAGCUCGACAAGUCCAAAUGCCUCUACGAUUGCGAGGCAGCCGCGGCCGUCGCUUCCGUGCCUGUGUCCUCGUCCCAAGUCAAAUUUGUGCAUGCGUUGCUUUUCCUCUCCUCACAGAUUGCUGAGCCAUCCUGUUCGCCGUCACGAGUCUUGGCUGAGAUGCACCCCAUUGAAGCUGAUGACACAUCUUCUGUUAACGAGAGGCGACGGUCUCGUCUGCGAGCGAGCCACCACGCCUGGCUUGUGCUCUUUCUUUUGUGGUGCCACAUCGUGGCUUCCAGCAUAGCCACUUCGGCAGGCGCUGCUGCUGUGGCGUGUGGAGUGAGGGUGGAGCCGCUGUUUUAUGAAUCGGUGCUCCUUAGCCCCGCAAGAGACUUCCUCACGAGCCAGUCGCUGCAGCUGCAGUCGCUGCUGAGGAAGAUACAAGGGGCGACGUUUGUGUAG